AUGCUGCUGCUCGCAUACAUUCUUCUUUCGUUCCAGGCUACCACCCUCGGCAACACCCAGACAAACAUUCCGCGCAGAGAGACGAUGACCAAGGUGGUACGAUUCCAGUUCUACAUCUCGCCUUACGCACGCACACGAUAUAUCAACGAGAACCGCAAGGUGGAGGACCUCGUGCAGUUCGUUGCAUCUGAACUAGAGCGUGCUCUCAAUCUGUACCUGGAGAAAAGCGACAGACCGGUCACCAUCAGCUUUGUGCCGAUCUUUAUACGUGAGAUACCACCUGAGAUUGAGCUGGACAGGUGCGAUACUAACAUGCUUGAGCUGGGUACAAUGCUGAACAGCUUUAACCUGGAGACAAGCGAUACGUCCAUCAUUGCCGUCCUAUCGUGCGACUCGAAGCCUUAUGAGGGCGUGUUCAUCACAAGGGAGCAGGAGGUGCCGUACAUUGCGCACACCCUGUCAUCACAGUGCACGACCAGAACACUGAUCUUUUUGGAGACUGAGGAGCCUAAGUUUUUGGCAGCAGUGAGCACGGCCAUGAUACGUGCUGCUGGUGUGGAUGUGCUCAACCCGCUGCUGUUCGAGGAGGUAAUCAACGGUGAUUCGGGGAUCAGGUACGAUAUUAGGGUGAACAAUGAAACAAUGGAAAAGAUCAAGGAGAACAGAUGCUUCUACAACCACUAAAUUAAUAAAAGUUUAUAUUAAUCAUGAAAA